GAGCUUUCCCACUUCAGCCAACAUCCUGAAGCGGGCCACUCUCCACUCCAACCCCUCCUCUCCCCUCUCCUCCAGACCAACGCAUGGACUCAUGCAGCUCGAAAAAGAAGGCAGUGAGAAAAAGGCAACUUUUCAGAAGAGAGAUAAAUGGUGAGAGGGAAGUCUGAUGUUGGUUUCCUGGACUAGAGUGUUGGAGUUACAAUAAUAGGCAAUCCUCAUUUCCUGUGUGUGUUUUCGGUCCGCUCUCACGAGGACCAGCGGGAGCAGGAACUGGGGUGAAGAAGAAUUCUGGAUGCAACAGCGAAGAAGAGGACCAGCCAAAAGAAGAAAAGAAAAAAACAGGAGACAGAAGCAGCAGGAGUUGUACCGAGACAACAGAGUCAAGAGUCUUGAGGGACUUUUUAACAAACGACGGAAAAAGAUACAGGAGAUAUAGAGGAUCAAACGGGCAACUCACCUGACUCACUUCUCUGCUCUGCCAGGUGGAGCAACCUCCUUCUACCACUCUCCUCCCUCCCUCUCCCCUCUCCCCUGACAUGGGCCGCCUGCUGGCCCUGACCCUUGCCUAUCUGGCCUACUUGCUGGCGACCGCGAUCGGCUCAGAACGCCAACAGCAUCACGUGCAGCACGGCCCCUGCAGCUACACCUUCAUCCUCCCCGAGGUGGAGCUCUGCCACCCCUUAAAGGACUUCCAGGUCACCAACACCCUCCAGAGGGACUCCCCGCCCGAGGCAGAGUCUGAUACAAGCCAAUCCAAGCCAGGUAAGGCCCAAAAGGAGAGGCCUUCCUGGCAGGAGAGGAAGCUGGAAAAUCUAGAGAGUGCCAUGGAGAAUAACACCCAGUGGCUGCACAAGCUGGAGAACUUCAUCCAGGAGAAUGUGCGCUCUGGGAUGGAGGAAAUGAAGAGAACUGCGGUACACACCCAGACAGCUGCCAUGCUGGAAAUGGGAACCAACCUUCUCAGCCAAUCAGCGGAGCAGACUCGCAAACUGACAGACGUUGAGACCCAGGUGUUAAACCAGACAAGUCGCCUGGAGAUCCAGCUGCUCGAGUACUCUCUCUUCACUAACCGGCUGGAGAAACAUAUUCUCCUGCAGACUCAGGAGAUCUCACGCCUCAGUGAUAAAAACAGUUUUCUCGAACAGAGGCUUUUGGCACUGGAGGCUCGGUAUGGGAGGGAGCUGCAGGGCUUGCAGAGCGAAAAGCAGCAGCUUCAGGAGCUUCUGGAGAGGCAGAGUCGACUGGUCAGUCAGCUCCAGGGUGAACUGGGCAGCUCCACGCUCAACAGCAGCUUACUACAGAGGCAGCAGGACGUGCUCACAGACACUGUUCAGCAGCUGCUGGCGAUGGUCAACCACUGCAAUGAAAUCUCCAAUAUGCCGAAGGAGAAGUUGCUUAGUUUCGGGGACUGUGCGGAGAUCCUGCGAUCUGGAGUGACAGAGAGUGGAACGUACAGCAUACGCCUGCCUAACUCCACGCAGAGUGUCAAGGUGUUCUGCGACAUGAAGACUGAAGGUGGUGGGUGGACGGUGCUACAGCAUCGGAGAAACGGCUCGGUAAACUUCCACCGUGGGUGGAGAGAUUACAAAAUGGGCUUUGGAGAGCCGUCUGGGGAACACUGGCUGGGGAAUGAUAUCAUCCACAAGCUGACCAGCUCCCAGGAAUACAGUCUGCAGGUCCAGCUAAAAGACAGAGAGGGGAACGAGGCUUUCUCACACUACAAUCGCUUCUACAUAGACGGAGAGGAGAACAACUACAGCCUUCAUGCCGACGGCUUCAGUGGCACAGCUGGACGGACCAGCAGCCUCACCCAUACUGGCACCCAGUUCAGCACCAAGGACAGAGACAAUGACCGUUGCACCUGCAAGUGCGCCCAGCUCGCAUCAGGAGGUUGGUGGUUUGAGGCUUGCGGUCCAUCCAACCUGAAUGGCAUAUAUUACCCCAGCUCCUCCAGUGUGGUUCGCUACAACGGCAUCAAGUGGUACUAUUGGAAGGGUCCAAGUGUGAUGGCCACCAUGACAACCAUGAUGGUGCGCCCAGCAAACUUCUGACGGCACGACGCGUUCCUGAUGUCAAGGAAAUGUUAUAUUUUGGGAGGAAAUUUGAAUGCGACUGUUGGUGGUUUCAGCUUCUGGACAUUUUGUAGAGCGGCUUAUGCAAGUGUCUGGGGACAUGUGCGCACUCUCAGCAAAUGGCUGUGGUUUUAAUGAAUUCCUGAAUGAGAAAUUCAACCAACAAUAUCUAUUCACAAAGGUUUCCAGACUAUAUUUCAAUAAGGAUUGUUAAGCUGAGACCCAGGCUAUGACCUUUGCUUCAGAUGAGAAAAACCCAACUGGUGACAUCAAAUUACACAUGUGACCAGUUACAUAACUCAAAAUAAAACUAAUUAAUACAGAGACUUUAUCGCAAUACCUAUUUUUAUAUUAAAGUGUGAAAACGUACGCUGUGUGUUUGUCUGUUUGCUGUAAAUAAAAGUGAUCAAACUGCAA